AUGGAAAAAAAAAUACUUAAGAAAAGUAAUCCGGUAAGGGUUGACUAUGAAAUAGAUAUUAUCAAAGGUUAUAGUCCUAAAAAUCCUAAUCACAUUAUAGUAGCUAGAAUUGAAGUUUUAGAUAUAGCUGCAAAAGAAGAAUCUAUUGUAAUAUCUGUUAGAAGGUUCAAAAAUUUGCUCAUAGAAAAUUAUGAAAAGGAUCCUUACAAAGCUAGUACACAAAGUGAAGAAUAA